GCUUUACUGCGCCAUGGAGUCCGCAGCAACAGCAGGACCACCAGUCACCGCGGGCAAUGUCACUACCAAUACCUUACGUGACAGAGACCACUGGUGGAGGCUGGAAAACCUCCGACAUUUUCUCGCGCCUUCUCCAAGAGCGGAUCAUCUGCCUUAACGGUGAAGUUGACGACUUCAUGUCCGCCAAUUGCGUCGCACAGCUCCUCUUCCUCGAAGCCGAUAACCCAGAAAAGCCCAUCUCGAUGUACAUAAACUCUCCAGGCGGUAGUGUGAGCGCCGGCCUGGCCAUCUACGACACGAUGAACUACAUUCGCUGUCCUGUCAGUACGAUCUGUAUGGGCAUCGCCGCGUCAAUGGGGUCCUUGCUACUCGCCGGUGGCGCCGAAGGACAGCGAUACAUUCUUCCACAUGCUAGAGUCAUGAUCCACCAACCGAGUGGUGGGUAUCGGGGAAAGGCGAGCGACAUCGCAGACCACGCGAAGGAGAUCUUGAGGAUAAGGGACAAGCUGAACAGAAUAUAUCAAUCGCAUGUCACGAAGAAGAGAACUUUGGAAGAGAUCGAGAAGUACAUGGAGCGCGACUAUUAUAUGGACGCGCAAGAGGCGAUUGAUUUUGGUAUUGUCGAUCAGCUGUUGGAGAAGAGGGAGGCUCCGGCCAAGGACGAGGAAAAGAAAUGAGGCACCUGAAAGGGAAUAAAAGUGUAUGAUACAAGAGAGAGGAUGCCCAAACCCUAAAGACAAUACCCGAAAAUUGUAUUAUGCCAGGAACACUUCGCUGCUAAGCAUUGAUAGUAACGAAAUCAAUCAUGCACCGCAAGUGU